AUGCACCCAAUUUGCUACCUAACAGGAAAGAGCGGUUUUGUGGAGAAGACUUCAGUUGCAAUGGCCUCCAACCCCGCCUGCUCCCUUAAGCAGGGCAUGACCCGGCCCAAGGUGAUGACGCAGCGCGGGCAACGAGCCGACGGCCCGUCACCAGCCCGUCUGACUCACCGGCCACAGUGCCCUCUAGAACCGCGUCAGCCCCUCAAGGCGGAGCCCCGAGGCCCCGCGUCCAGCCGGGCCCUGCGUCCCUGUCGGGCCGGCUCCCCCACCGGCCGCCCUGAGCUCCCUGUGGCCCACGUCCCCGCCUCAAAGCAAGCCCUCUGUGACCGCUCACCCCUAGCCAGCCCCUCCUCUCUCCUCUCUCUGCCAAGCUUCUCGCAGAAGCGGUUCCUGCUUGCUGUCUCCUCUGCUCACCCCCAUUUCCUCCACAGGCUCCCCCGUCAGCAGGAAGUGCUUUUAGAGGCAUCCCCCCGCCUCCAGGACUCGGAUCCCAAAGAGGCCUCUCCCCUCCGGCGCCUGCUCAUCCUCCUGGCUCCGAGGAAGCCCAGGGAACACGCAGCCGCGGGGCGGCCAGCUUCUUCCCAGGCGGUCCUCGAGCACAACCCGUGGCGCGGUGCGGGGCAGUCUGUAGUAAGAAACGUGUCUUGCACCUUCUUGGUGGUCAAAGCCAAAGGCGCACGCCCGCCGCUGUCCAUGGUCCUGAACAAGUCCUCCAUGCAAAGACACACGUCUUCUACCCCUGGGUCUCCAGUGGUUCUUGUUGAAGACUCUUACCACGUCACUUUUGGGAAGGAUGAGAAACGAGACUUGAAGCGCGCUGACGUGUAUCCUGCCAUCCCCCUGUGGCAAGGAGCCGGGGCUGCCAACCGCCGACACGGUCUGAACAUCCCCUCCGGCAGCUUUGGAGUCCGAAGGGGCUGGCUCUGUAAGCGACAUGCCUACGAAGGCUCAGUGGCCCAGAGCCUCUGA